AUGGCCUUGGCUGCACAGCAGGAAUGCAGUGGCUCAGGAUCCAGCCAGCUCAGCCAUGUGACAGAUUCCCACCAGGAUCUCGACCCUGAGGGACACUUCCAGUUCCACAUCAUCAUCAUCAUCGUGCUGGAGGACGCGGCCGUGGGCAAGUCCUCGCUGCUGCGCUGCUUCGCUGACAGGCUGAGUGGGGGUCCUGGUGGGGUAGCCACCCCUGGCCCAACCAUCGGUGUCGAGUUCUAGAGCAGGACUGUCCUGAUGUCGCCCAACGUCAAGGCCAAGCUGCGGCUCUGGGAUACGGCUGGCCAGGAGCGGUUCAGAUCCAUCACCAGGUCCUUCUACCAGAGUGCAGUGGGGGUGCUGCUAGUCUUCGACCUCACCAAUCGGGCAUCUUUCGAGCGUGUCUGAGUGGUAUUGUGAGCUGCAGGGGACCGCCCGCCUGUCUUUGUCCUGGUGGGACACAAGUGUGACCCGGUGGCCGAGCGAGUCGUGUCAGCAGAGGAAGCCGGACACCUCACCACCACCCUGGGCAUGGCCUUUGUGGAGACCUCAGCCUGCAGCAACAUCAACGUGGAGUUGGCCUUCCAGACACUGGCUGGGAGUAUCCAGCAGCACCUGCAGCCCUUGGGUGAUUAUGAGGCUGGGUCUUCCACCUAG